CUGCUGGUGCUGAUGAUUCGAUGAUUGUGUUGUGCCUGUGAAGUAAUGAUGUCUGCUGUUUAUUAGUAUUCUCUGUGUUUUAUUAAGUAAUCCAUUUAAUAAAAUUCAUUAAACUCUUACUGGAAUUUGAAGAUUUCCAUUUUCCGAAGAAAUGGCUGCAUUUGAAGAAAUGGGAGUAUUGCCAGAGAUUGGUAAAGCAGUCGAGGAAAUGGACUGGAUGCUGCCAACAGACGUGCAAGCGGAAGCGAUUCCGCUGAUCCUGGGCGGUGGAGACGUGCUGAUGGCCGCCGAGACAGGCAGCGGAAAGACGGGAGCCUUUUGUCUGCCCAUCAUACAGAUUGUCUGGGAAACCCUCAAAGACCUCAAGGAAGGCAAGGGUGGUGCUGGGGCGGCUCCCAGUCAGACAUCGCCGCAUUGGAAGCUGAGCGUGUGGGACCGUGGCUCGGCCAUGGCGGUGACUCCGGACGGCAUGCGCUGUCAGUCGCGGGAGCAGAGGGAGUGGCACGGCUGCCGGGCAAAUAAGGGCCUACAUUCGGGAGGCAAGUACUACUACGAGGCCACGGUCACCGAUGAGGGGCUGUGUCGUGUCGGAUGGUCCACUGGCCAGGCAUCCCUGGACCUCGGAACCGACAAAUUCGGGUUCGGGUUUGGAGGAACCGGCAAGAAGUCGAACAACAAACAAUUCGACAGCUACGGCGAACCGUUCGGCAUGCACGAUGUGAUCGGCUGCUAUCUGGACCUGGACAACAUGCAGAUCAAGUUCACCAAAAAUGAGAAGGAUCUCGGCAACGCGUUCAACUUACCCAAGCAACUGCAUUCGGCCACUUUCUUUCCCGCAGUUGUUCUCAAAAACGCAGAAAUGUCAUUCAACUUUGGAGCGGAGCCGUUCAAAUUCAAGCCGUCAGGAGGGUACACGGCCUGCGCAAGUGCAGCUAAAGAAUUUGUCAAGAAUUCGGAUGUCGCGGCUGCGGCCAGCACUAGCAAGGCGAAAGUUGUCAACAAUGCCCCGCAAGCUAUUAUAAUUGAGCCUUCCAGAGAACUAGCCGAGCAAACUUACAAUCAGAUCGUGAAGUUCAAGAAAUUCAUCGAACAGCCCAGUAUUAAAGACUUGCUAGUGAUUGGCGGUGUCAACAUUAAGGACCAGAUAUCUGUUCUCAAUUCUGGGGUUGACAUAGUGGUAGGCACCCCAGGCCGCAUGGAAGACCUGAUCUCGGGCGGGCAGCUGGCUCUGACUCACUGCCGCUUCUUUGUCCUGGACGAAGCAGAUGGACUCCUCAAGCAGGGCUACACCGAGAUGAUCAACCGUCUACAUCGACAGAUACCCAAGAUCACGUCUGAUGGAAAGAGGCUGCAGAUGAUUGUGUGUUCGGCUACAUUGCAUGAUUUCGAGGUGAAGAAACUGGCCAACACCCUGAUGCACUUCCCGACAUGGGUGGACCUGAAGGGUGAGGACGCUGUUCCGGAGACAGUACAUCAUGUGGUGGUGCCUGUCGAUCCACAGGCGGACCAGGCUUGGAAGAACUACCGCAAACACGUACAGACCGAUGGCGUCCAUGCCAGGGAUAAUUGCAGUCCUAGCGCUAAUUCAGCUGAAAUGCUGUCAGAGGCAGUGAAAAUGAUGAAAGGCGAGUAUGCAGUACAUGCAAUCAACAAACACAAAAUGGACAAAGCAAUCAUCUUCUGUCGCACCAAGUUGGAUUGUGACAAUCUGGAGCGCUAUUUCAAUCAAUUAGGUGGCGGGCCUCAAAACCGUAACAACCCCUACUCGUGUGUCUGCCUGCACGGGGAUCGCAAACCUCAUGAACGUAAAUCCAAUCUGGAGAGAUUCAAAAGAAGUGAAGUGAAGUUCCUCAUCUGCACCGAUGUUGCUGCCAGGGGUAUCGAUAUCACUGGAUUGCCUUUCAUGAUCAACAUCACUCUGCCUGAUGAGAAGUCGAACUACGUGCACCGCAUUGGUCGGGUGGGGAGGGCGGAGCGCAUGGGUCUGGCCAUCUCGCUGGUGUCGCGGGUGCCCGAGAAGGUGUGGUUCCAUGGGGAGUGGUGCUCCAGUCGAGGCCGCAACUGCUCCAACACCAGGUUGACCGAUGCCGGAGGAUGUUGUGUCUGGUACAACGAGCCGAGGUAUUUGGCUGACAUUGAAGAGCACCUGAACGUGACAAUCCAGCAGGUGACUCCUGAGUUGGAUGUCCCUGUCGAUGAGUUCGAUGGUAAAGUCACUUAUGGACAAAAGAGACAGAAUCUUGGAACUGGAUAUGAGAAUCACGUGGCUCAAAUGGCUCCUACCGUAAAAGAACUAGCCAAACUAGAAAGCCAGGCUCAGCUAAUCUACCUAAAAAAGCAUCUCAAGAAGCAAGGCUAAAUUUAAGCUGACAUUUCAGAUGAAUUCGAGGAAAGAAUCUACACAUUUCACCUAAAUUUUGAUAUAAGAAUCUACUCAUAGCUGUAGCUGAAUUUAAGAUGUGAAUAUACUCAUUUCAGCCGGAGUUAAGAUUACAAUAUACACAUAAAUUGUGUCUGUAAAACAGACAUAUUCAUAUUCAUUUAUCAUCAAUGAAAAGUUAUCAGUUCAUUACUGUGCAUGCUUUAUUUAUUGUACUAGAUAUUGUAAUUCUUUAUUGUGAAUAAAGGAAUAUGAUAAUAUUAUUGUGAA